CUUCCGGAGAAAGCAUGAUUGGGUUUAUGCGUGACUGCAAUCGCGCGGAGACGCAAGAAAUGCUGGCGUUGGCGGGAUUGGAAAUCGGGCGGAGGGCCUAGAGACGGUGGUAGCUGGAGAGCUUUAUGGGCGGAGCAAACUAGGAGGUUUCCACAUCAGGAGCUAGAAGCACGAGUUACCUGGGUGGGAUCUGUGAGAACUGCCCCGUGACGCUUCCAGAAGGAUGCCGUACCUUGGCUCGGAGGACGUGGUGAAGGAGCUGAAGAAGGCUCUGAGUAACCCUCACGUUCAGACCGAUAGGCUGCGCUACCGGAAUGUCAUCCAACGAGUCAUUAGGCACAUGACUCAGGGCUUGGAUAUGUCUGGUGUUUUCAUGGAAAUGGUGAAGGCCAGUGCCACUGUAGAUAUUGUUCAGAAGAAGUUGGUUUAUCUAUACAUGUGCACAUAUGCCCCCCUGAAACCAGACCUGGCUCUCCUUGCCAUCAAUACACUGUGCAAAGACUGCUCAGACCCCAACCCAAUGGUGCGAGGGCUGGCACUACGGAGCAUGUGCAGCCUCAGGAUGCCUGGUGUGCAAGAAUAUAUUCAACAGCCUAUUCUCAAUGGUUUACGGGAUAAGGCCUCAUAUGUCAGAAGGGUGGCAGUCCUGGGCUGUGCCAAGAUGCAUAAUCUUCAUGGAGACUCUGAAGUGGAUGGUGCCCUGGUAAAUGAGUUAUAUAGUUUGCUGCGUGACCAGGAUCCUAUCGUGGUUGUGAACUGCCUGAGGUCUCUAGAAGAAAUUCUGAAGCAGGAAGGAGGUGUUGUCAUCAAUAAGCCCAUCGCACACCACCUCUUAAAUCGGAUGCCAAAACUGGACCAAUGGGGCCAGGCUGAAGUUUUGAACUUUCUGCUACGUUACCAACCCCGAAGUGAGGAGGAGCUGUUUGACAUCCUCAAUCUGUUGGACAGCUUUCUCAAGAGCAGUAGCCCAGGUGUGGUAAUGGGGGCCACCAAACUUUUUCUGAUCUUGGCCAAAAACUUUCCCCAUGUACAAACUGAUGUGCUUGUACGAGUCAAGGGAACUUUGCUGGCUGCCUGUUCUUCAGAGAGCCGUGAGCUCUGUUUUGCUGCCCUCUGCCACGUGCGCCAGAUCUUGCAUAGUUUGCCAGGUCACUUUAGCAGCCACUACAAAAAGUUUUUUUGCUCCUACUCGGAGCCCCACUACAUCAAGCUGCAAAAGGUGGAGGUGCUGUGUGAGCUGGUGAAUGAUGAGAACGUGCAGCAAGUACUAGAGGAGCUCCGAGGAUACUGCACUGAUGUGUCUGCUGACUUUGCACAGGCUGCUAUUUUUGCCAUAGGUGGCAUUGCCAGAACCUACACAGAUAAAUGUGUGCAGAUUCUAACAGAGUUGCUGGGGCUUCGACAAGGGCACAUCACCACAGUGGUGGUGCAGACUUUCCGUGACCUGGUUUGGUUGUGUCCUCAGUGUACUGAAGCUGUGUGUCAGGCCCUGCCCGGCUGUGAGGACAACAUUCAAGACAGUGAGGGGAAGCAGGCACUUAUUUGGCUACUUGGGGUCCACGGAGAAAGAAUUACCAGUGCUCCUUAUGUGUUGGAGGACUUUGUAGAGAAUGUGAAGUCAGAGACAUUUCCAGCUGUUAAGAUGGAGCUACUCACUGCCCUGCUGCGCCUUUUCCUCUUACGACCUGCUGAGUGCCAGGACAUGCUGGGGCGUUUGUUAUAUUACUGUAUAGAAGAAGAAAAGGAUAUGGCAGUACGGGACCGAGGUCUCUUCUAUUAUCGCCUCCUCUUAGCUGGCAUUGAUGAAGUUAAGCAGAUCCUGUGUAGCCCUAAGUCUGACCCAUCUCUUGGACUUUUGGAGGAUCAGGCAGAAAGACCUGUGAAUAACUGGGCAUCAGACUUCAAUACACUGGUAGCAGUGUAUGGCAAAGCCCAGUGGGCAACCAUUUCUAAAUUACAGGCAGCAGACUGUCGUGGCCCUGAGCUUCCUAACACCACAUCCUUUGCUACAUCAGGACCCCUGAUUCCCGAAGAGAAAAAGGAGAGGGUACAAAAACUCUCGGAUUCUGAAGCCUUCGUACUAGUCCCUAAUCGCCAGCUUACUGCUGAGUAUUUUGAGAAAACUUGGCUUAGCCUAAAAGUUGCUCAUCGGCAAGUGUUGCCUUGGCAGGGAGCAGUCCAUCCUGACACCCUCCAGAUGGCCCUACAGGUCGUGAACAUCCAGACUAUUGCAAUGAGCAGGCCUGGAGCUCAGUCUUGGAAAGCGUUCCUCAGUGCUCAGGAAGAUACUGGCUGUCUGUUCUUAACCGAACUGCUGUUGGAGCCUGAGAACUCAGAAAUGCAGAUCUCGGUGAAACAAAGUGAGACGAGGACUGAGGCACUGAACAAUUUUAUUUCUGUAUUAGAAACUGUGAUUGCAACAAUUGGAGACAUAAAAUCAUAACAGAUUCUGGCUACUUAUGCUGAGUGAGAUGAAGAGCUAUUAGAGUUCCUUAAUUUUUUCUUAUUAGCACUGCUUAUAAGUCCAGACAAUAUCAGAUGCAAAACAGAAUGGGACAUCUAGGAAUCAGGAUUCUUACAUUUUUUCCCAAAGACCACUGACUUUUCCAUGGUGAUAGUAUAAAGGUUAAUUUUAAUGAAGGGAUAUGUGGUUUGGGGACGGGAUGAGGGUGGGAUUUGGAUUAUUUUUUAAUCAAUUCUAGGUUAUGUCUGACAUCUCAGGAAACUGAAUCCCAUACGUGGGGGUCAUCUUUCCUUCCCUGGAUUAUGUCAGUGAACUCCUGACUGUUCUCAUAUUUCCGAUCAUGCUUCUGAGGCCAGAGUCCAACGUCCUUUAUGAUCUGUAGUCUACUUACUUCUCAGUGUCAUGUCUUACCACUCCCCAAAACACCCUCUUUUCUAGCAAAAGCAUACUUGUAGUUCCCUGAAUGUAUCAGGCUCUCUCACCUCUGCUCCUUGGCACCUGCUUCUAUUUCUUGUCUAGAACAUUUCCUCACCCCCAUAUCUUUUUUAAGUAAAUCUCAGUCUGUCUUUAAGUGUUCAGCUCAGUAAUGAACUCUUUCAAGAAGUUUUCUGUGGCCCUCACUGCCUUCAUUAGGGGUCUCCUUCAAGCUGUCAAAGUAGCCAGUGCGUAAUUCUAACAGUACUUGUCAUUAUUUUCUUGUUGCUCCUCUUCACUUUUAUUUAUACCUAACCAUAUUUUACACAUUAAUUGAGACUACUUAUGGCAAGAACAGAUGUAAUGAAAUCAUAGUAAAAUAUAAAUAAGAAGAGAAUCCAGAAUAGGGAAAAUGAAAACACCAAUUAAGACCAGCUAGGGCGGGGAUGGGUAAGUACACAAAUGUUCAGGCUGUAGGGGCCUACACAAUUUGGUAUAAUUGAGCCUCACAUUUGGCUCUGUAAGUGAUUUGGCAGAGUGAAGAGAAACAGUCAGUUAUAUAAAUUAUCAGAGAGGAGGAAACAUUCCAAUUCUAAUUUCUAAAAUUAGUUUCCAUGUAGUUUCACAAAGGUGGUACAGGAUUCCUAUGGGAAGCCAGUAAAGGGUUUCACAUGAAUUUUUUACAGUGUUCUUCAAUGAAAGCAGAGAGCAUAGCUUUAACAUGAAGCUCAGUGAAGACAUUCCUUCAAGGACUUAAAUAACAUGAUCCAAGUGUACCCUUCAUUGUCCAGUUUAAUUCAAGCACUUCUACUACCUAGAUAUGUAGAUGGACUGCAUAUCCUUUGGAUAAUUUUUCACCCAAAACAUCUCUCAACUAGGUUCUUAAUAGGAGUAAAUAACACAGUACUGAAUUUUCUGGUAAAAACCUGGUUUUUAUGAGUUGUUUGUUGAAGGGUCUUCCCCAUUAGACAGUUUCUAAGGACAGUGAUUGUCCUUUCCUUCUAUCUCCACAGUGCCUGACACAUAGUAAUUACACGAUAAAUAGUCAUUGAAUGAUUUUGAAGGUGUUUUGCAGUUGGUGUUUGAAGUAUAUUUUGUUAUAGUGUAUCAAUUAAUGCAGAAUAUAAUGAAAUUCCAUCUAGCCCAGGGUUUCUCAGCUAUUGGCAUUUGGGGCCAGAUAACUCUUCAUUGUGGGUGCACCUUCCUUUUCACUGUAGGAUGAUUAUUAGAAGCAUCCCUGGCCUCUACCCAUGAUGCCAGUAGAAGCCCCAGUUGUGACAAUUAAAAAUGUCUCCAGACAUUGUCAAGGGUUCCCUGGGGGACAAAAUCACCCCCAAUUGAGAAACACUGGUCUAGACCAUGGAUCCCCAGGGAUUCAGGAGGAAGGGAAAGAACAGCUUCAGAAUUGCUUUUCUCAUAUUUUGACUUGUUCAGUUAAACCAUGAAUGUUUAAUUAGGUACUAAGAGAAAAAAAUUGAAGUGUGAAGUGCUGCCAAUUUAAAGUGUUAUAAGGGAACAGAAUGCAUGUGGUAGAAAUUUAAUAAAUUGAUUUUUUAAAGUUAAA